UUAAUAGGAGGCACCUAACCUAGCUGCCUAGGUACUUGAACGUACAUGGCAGAUUUACUUGGUAGGUACGAUUCGUAGGUACUACCUAGGUACAUAGAAGUUUAGGUAACACCUAUCGACCUAUCUACUCUUACAAUUCACCUUCCAAACUUCCCACUCAUGAAGUAACUCAAGAUUAAAUACCUACCUACCUGUAUCUAACCAUACAUACAUCUUUACAUUCUUUAACUACCACUUUUCACACCAAACCUCACUCACAAUUAAAACCCCUCCUCACCAUCUCCCCGCUUCCUUGCACAAAUCAAAUCCAUCAACCGAUCAACCCGACAUUUCACAAACCUCCAUAUUAAUAAUACCUAUACACAAAUCAACCUCAACUUUUCCACGCAUGGCAGAUUUCGCUCCUCCCUCCGGCCCACCGCCUCCCAAGGUACCGGAAGGCUGGGUCGUUCGCUGGAAUGAGCAGUACCACGAAUGGUUCUACGUCAACAGCUACACCAAGAAAUCCCAAUGGGAAAAGCCCACCGAGCCGGCCGUAGACCCUAACCGCCCCGACAACGGCGCGCCCCCCGGUCCCCCUCCGGGCUACACGCCGGGCGCCGGCCCCGCGCCCACCGACUCCAAGAGCAGCAGCAACCCGUUCGUGAAUGAGGCGACGAAGCCCGGCAACGUUUCUAGCUCCCACCUCGACGAGGACGCGGACGCCCGGCUCGCUCGGCAGUUGCAGGAGGAGGAGAUCGCGCGCAGCCGAGGUGCGGCCCAGUCGUACGCUAACAGCAGUGCGCCUACCCCGCCUCAAGGCUACUCGCCGUUCCCCGACCAGCUGCCCCCCCGCCCGUCGGGAAGCAGCAGUGGCGACAAGGCCAAGGGCCUGUUGGGCAAGUUCUUCGGCGGCAGUGGUAAGAACAAGACGCACGGCGGAUACCCGGGAUCGCAGCAAUACGGUAGCCCGCAGCCACAGCCCGCAUACGGAUACGGAAAUACCCCUCCUUCCCAACAAGGCUACUACAGCAGUCCCCCUCCCCCUCAGCAAUACGGGGGUUACGGCCCUCCUCCCGGCCCGUACGGCGGAUACCCGCCGCAAGGAGGCUAUCCUCCGCAGGGUGGAUACUACGGUCAGCAGCAGCAGCCGCCCAGGAAGAGCGGCGGCGGCAUGGGCGCCGCGGGAGGCGCCGCGCUGGGUCUGGGUGCCGGUUUGCUCGGCGGCGCGCUGAUCGCGGACGCGGUCAACGACGGGCAGCAGGAGGCGUAUAUGGAAGGGUACCAGGACGGCAACGAUGGCGAUUUCGGCGGUGGCGACUUUGGUGGGGAUUUCUAAAGAAAAAGCAGAAGCGUCACCUAAUACUAGGCCUCUCCUAUUGUUUUUUUACAAAGGCAUAGGAGCACAUAUGUAACGACUUGUUUUCUUCGCGUUUUUUUUCCUUCUUCAAAUUGGACCAACUUGAGCCUGGACCAAGAGAGAAUGAGAAGGGGCUGGUAAGCCGGUUAUACUACACGACUUACGCAAGAGAAGACGAGACAAUAUGAAGCUCAUAGCAGGCAUCAAGAGGCGUUGAUUUUACCUAUGCAUGCAUGAGAUCGAGGGGAGGAUUGUCGGGAGGAUAUAAUAGAAUUACGGAUGAGGACGAUGAGAGGGUUAGUGAAAGAAGACGACUACCUUGAGAUUCGAAAUCAACUCGAAAUUCGGCUUCGGUGUAAACUACCUACCUAGGUAUAUAAGUCUCGAGGCAGUACCUUAGGUAUGACUAGAUAGAACGCUCGUUCUAGAUGCUCGCGAUGGGCAGUAGCAAUGCGAAAUGCGAUUUUAAUCUCUUCCAACCAAGAAGUAAUCCGGAAUCAAAGUUGUCCCGUUUAUAAAAUAAUAAAUAAGGCG